GCAAUUCUUUAGUUUUUUAAAUUUAUUUUUCGAAAGGCAAACAAGAACAUGAAGGCUUUUACUUUUUUUCUGCUUAUUUCUUUGGUAAUACUGGAGCUCACCAGCGGAGAAAGAUGUGUUCGUGAAUGCGACAACAGAGUCGAUCCCCACUGCGCCCAUGCCGGGGACUGCUAUCUAUCUGCUGAUAAUCUCUGCGAUUUGGAAUGGAAAGCAUGUCUUAGAAGUCGCCGACGAAAGCCACGCAUUAUUGAUGUUACGCGAGGUCAAUGCUCUCUAGAUAAGGAAAUCUGUGAGGAAAACUUUGAGACCUUUUUCCACACUAACCUCAAUUUUAAAUAAAUAUUUGGCAAUGUAUUGAUUUUCUUAUGAUCACAAUUUGUAUCGAUUUAUAUCAAAUAAAUGAGAAUUGAAGA